AUGGGCGAUGGGGGGGUCGCCCAAGCAGCGGCGAAGGAGGUAGACGCGUAUAAACUGCUUCACCUACUAAACAGGAUUCUCCUUCUGAGCAGAGAGGCCGAGGGGUCCUCCGAAGCGGAGACGACCAUAUGGGAGUGUCCCACCUUUUUAAGCCUCCUCGGUUUCAUCAAGUUAAAAAUGCCGUCGUUUAACAUCCACGAGAUGUUCCUCUUGGCCUUGUGUUUCUCCAAAAUACAGUUCAUGCCUCAGAUGCUAAUGGAACCUUUUCUGCUGACUGUACAGGAGGGACCCUACCUGCAAGGCUUCCUCGAAGCAGACGUGAAUAAGUUUUUCCAAUUUUUUUUUAUUGUUUCUAGUAUUAAGAAUGUGCGUGUGGGGGAGAAGGCGGACGCGCUGUUCGGGACCUUUGCGGGUAAUUUCGUGCAGGUCGUUUGGGACUUCCUCGCCGGGGUGAGCGGGCACGUACCCUGCCGCCAAUCCCGCUUAAGUGGCCGCUUACCCCUGGACUGCUGCCACCUCCUGUGCGUCGCCCUGCACAACGCGCGCGUGCGGAACGCCCCCCUCAUGCACCGAGUGGCCACCGAACUUGUAGACCACCUAAACGACCACCACCGCCUCGACAAGCAAGACCAAGUAGAUGUAGCGAAGAAGCUCAUUAACAUCUACCUUGCCUAUGCCUCUCUACGCUGCGAAAAUUACCACCUCUAUGAAAAGCUCAACACGUUUAUAUAUAACCUCGUGGAGGACCUACCCUUGGCUAGCUGCCUAACUCUCUUGCUCUCCAUAGCGACCCUGAAGGAACAAAGCGGUUUUAACUUCCCCCUAUGUUUGCUCUCAUCCUUGGAGAAGCGCUUCUCUGCCAAAUUUUACUCCCUAGAUGUGAAGGACCUGCUCCUACUCAUUUACCUAUUAACCUACCUUAACCUUCACGUGGCAAACACAGAUGCUUACGUGUGCAUGCUGGAUCACCUCUUCCUCUUCCACAAAUUUGAAGCAUCGCUGGAAGAGGAACGGGUUAAGCUCUUUCAGAUUUACGUGAGCUUGCGGCAGUCCUUCCAGAGCGGCAUGUUGGGAGGACUGGACCCCGAGGGAGCAACUCAUACGAGCGGCAGCUGCCAUGAAGUAGACCUACACGAGUCAUCCCAGCGUGCGUGUCGAGAUAAGCUGCAACACGUCUUGCGGAAGGUACAAGCCAAUAUGCAGGUGGAGCAUGAGCAGAACCCGCCAGAGUACGCACAAGAGUUAGAUGAAGAAGUGAAUAACCUCUACGCACUGCUACACCAGAUGAGGGGACACCCCUUCUUCAUAAACAAUUUGAGGAAGAACCAAGUGGUCCUUGGCUACUACCUCAGUCAUAUCAGCUUCGAUCUUGAGCAAGAGGAGAACCCAAAAGGGGAGUCUCAAAAAAUUGCCAUCCUGUUUGACGCGGAUAGAAGCCAUUUCAGCGAUAACUCCUUUGACAUUUACUUUAACAUGAAGAGGAACCACCUGGCCAAGUUAAAUAUAAAGUGCCUCUCGAUUAAGCUCCACCAGUGGAGGGAGCUUUCUCCCGAGGAGCGGAGGCGGUUCAUUGGGGUGGAGCUAACACGGAUGUACCUCCCCAGGGCGACUUCUUCCGCGUAG